AUGGUUCAGGAAUUCACCGGCAUCCCCUCACCUCCCUUCGCCGGCUCGCCAGUCCGCUCCCGCUUCGACCAACUACUAUUGCCCUCGCAUUCCUCCCUCCGCUCACCUGCCGCCGCGUCGUUCCCCCCCUAUUACCACCUCCGCUCCUUCGCGCAAAAGCACCAGCGCGCACCUUUCCCGUCCUUCCCCUUGCCCUCCACGUUCUCGCCGGCGCAGUCCAGCAUUGGAACUGCGCCUCCAACCGCCUGCUCAAGAACCACGGCCAUCGUAUCCGGCGACAGCUACCGGUACCACCUACUCGCGCCGGAUCCCCCGCCCGUGGGACGGGUUCGCUCCAUCCAGAGCCCCAUUGGCCUGCAGCUCGGCGGAGGCGCCAUGCACCCAAUGUUGGAUCCAGCGGGCCGUGGCUUAGUUCUGUCCGUGCCGUCGCAGAGGCUGAAGGAUCCGGACGGCUUUCUUGGCAUCACGCCUGGCUUUCUGGGUUCCGAGGGGGACGCACUUGCGGUCCAAGUGUCGAACCCUCAUUACCGUGACAAUUAUUGCCACAGCGAAGACCAGCUGUCAGGCCUGGUCGUGAGCGGCGCCUGCACGACGACCUACUCACCCGUCGCGGCAAGGCCCCACCCCUACUCGAGCACAAUGCGGAAAGUAUAG